UUCUAACCUCAAAACUUCGUUGAUCGACCUGAAAAAUAUGUUCUGCUUCUGCUCGUAAUUUUAGGGAUUAGAGGAAGUUAAAGUUGCAGUUUUUUUUCUUUUCAGAUCAUUUCCUAUCUUUUCUUUUUCUGCUAUUUUCAUAGUUUUGUGUCUUUUCCUUCAUUUGUGCAGUUUUUAGUCAUUUCAAUGGCUUCAAGUUCCAGUAGUAAAGUGGAAGACCACAGGCGGAAGUGGGAUGCCGACGAGUAUGAGAGAAUCGCUGCCAGCCGCCUUCAAGCGGAACUUGAAGCCCAAGAAAAAGCCACCAGCAAGCAACCUGCAGUCCGCAGAGAACUAUUGAAACAGAGAGAUUAUCGAAUUGAUCUUGAAUCGAAGCUGGGGAAAAGUGUUGUCAUCACCAAAAAUACCCCAUCUUCGCAAACUGGAGGGUAUUAUUGUAAUGUCUGUGACUGUGUUGUAAAAGACUCAAUAAACUUCCUUGACCAUAUCAAUGGAAAGAAACAUCAAAGAAAUCUCGGAAUGUCCAUGCGAGUUGAGAGGUCUUCCCUGGAUCAAGUCAAGAAGAGAUUUGAAAUCAACAAGAAGAAAAUGGAAGAGAAGAAGAAAACUUAUGAUUUAGAAUCGCGAGUCAAGGAACUAAAAGAGGAGGAAGAAAAGUUGAAGGAAUACAAAAAGGAUAAGAAGAAGGAAAGAAAAAGAAAACUGAAUGAUACAGAUUUUGCCGAUGAGAGUGAAGAACAGUCAGAGCUAGCGUCAAUAAUGGGAUUUUCAGGUUUUGGUGGCAGCAAAAGAUAAAUGCAUUGGAGCAGACAUUGAUUAAAAUUGUGAAUUUUUGUAAAUAUUGAACAUAUAAAAAUUUUAGAUGUUAGUUUUGUGACCAUAAUUAUUGUAAACUGUUCUCAUGUUCUUAGAUUUCAACUAUGAUUAAAAGCGUAUCAAAGGUGAAAGUGUUUUUUUUUAUAUCAUGAACAAAUAGUUACUGUGAAGUCAAACUUUUUACGAAACAUUUUGUCGUUGAGGUGCAACAUUAUGAUAGCCUAAUUUCUUUGCUUCAUUUCUGUAUCAGAUCAUGAAUAAUACUUUGGUUUAUUUUCAGAA